ACGCCGCGUGCGAGCGCAUACAGAUCCGUCGCGAUCGCCGACUCGCGCGCGCGAGAGGGAGAAGAAUUUUUGGGGGAAACUCUGAGAAAGAAAGUUCGUCGUUCUUCCAGGGGAUCGUCGUAAAAUGACCGCCGGCAGGCCGAGUCUACACACUCGAUCCGUCGAUCCAACCUGAAACUCGAUAAAAGAAAGCCGAUCGAGAGGCGUGAAAGAAAGAAAAGAGAGAAAGGGAGAGAGGGAGAGGAAGCACGCUGUCAGAGAGAUCUCGCUGCGCGUAAUGUAAGGUGGAUCGCACGCGGGGUUUUUUCUUUUUUUUUAGGAAAACACACGAGAGACGCAGUUCAAUUCGUGCCAUUGCGAAGGACUAUGUCGAUAUACAUAGUUCGUUAAUCCGAUUAUCAAUUUCGAUCAUUUAUGACGGAUGACCGAUUAUGAGCGAUUCACGUAUAAUUGUUCGGAAGCAAUUAAUAACGCCGGUUUAACGCAGAAUAGAAUUCUAUGGGAUAUUGUUGAUUUGUCGAAUUAAUUGAAAAACCGUGUCUCGGUUUCGGUUUGGGAAUUUCCACUCUUUGUAUUUGAUUAACAAGAAAAAAAAGGAAUGUGUGCGGACACGAUUCAGUACCUUGUAAUAGAAAGAAUAGGAUUAAUUGUCGGAUAUUGUUAAAAAUGAAUGCACUUUGGAACGAUUUUUAAUCCGGAGAGACAAUGCGGCUUCGAAUCGAAUUUUAAAGACAAUUUGAUAAAAGAAUUCAUUAUAAAGAAAAUUAAACUGAUUUUUCAGUGCUCUGAAAAUAACAAAAUUAUCAAAAAUUUUCAUUUACCUAAUGUUUCUUUAGCUUGAAAAUUUACGUUAAAAUCUUGUGAUUUUUUUAUCUUUUUCUUUUGCUCUUUUACGCUCUUUUCGUUUGCGAAGAAAUAAGAGAAAAUUUGAGAAGAUUGCCGAGGACGGAAUCUAAUUAAUUAUUUGAUAAUACAGAGAAGUCGGACACAAUUCAUCUCUAAUAAGAUUAAUUUGAUCGAUUAAAUGCGAUGGUUCCGCGUGUAAAUAAAAUUUUUGUGGUCUUCAGCCGAUUUCGCAGAUUAUGAUGCACGAGUGAAAUUCUGUAAAACCGCAGAACGCUUAUCAAAAGAUCGUAUUAGUUAAUCAGUAAUCGACCAUCGAGUACACUUCAAAGCGAAAUUGUUAAUUUGCGUAAUUACGGAACAAUGUGCCGAUGCGGAUUUAUUAAUUUUCGUUAAUAGAAAUUGAAUUUUAACGACUUUUAACGUCAAUUUCACAUGAGCGUUAUUUCUCUAAUGAAAUCGUGAAUAUUGCGCUGUAUCUCCGGAUAUAUUUUCGCGAAAGUUGAUGAUUAUCAUAAUUGAAAGCGCAUUUAAUUUGUGUGAUUUAUUGUUACGACAAUUUGCAUUUUGUAUUCUCAUAUUCUCGUUCGCACUUUGCAUUUAAAUUUCAUCGAUGUUUAACGCUACCGCUACACGAAAGCGGGAGUAAUUUGCGAUUGAAAUUGAUGAAGAAGUACAUACACGUGCGUUUUACGGCUCUAUCCACUUAACUGUCCGUUUAAUUACGCCGGGCAUAUGCGCGUUAUGACCGCGCGUUACGUAUACGCUUACGAUUGUUUGGGCUAAACUAGCGAACAAGCAAGGAAAUAAUUGACUGAACGGGGGACAAAUAAAUAUAGUUUAGGCUCUAUAACAAUUAGGUACGCAGCAAUGUUUGGUACGUCAACACCAUUGUUAACCGCUGGUGUGCCGAAACGGCGACAUAGACGCUCACGGAUGAAUUUGCCGCGUGUCAAUUUUCCGUUACAAUACCACCGUCAAUACGCCGCGAAUGUCCGCGCUCCUCCUCGCCGCGACAGAUUCGCCGUGCAGGAGCGCGCGUUAUGAAUGUGAGUGUGUCAUAAUCUACGACGAUGUGUGUGAAUCACAACGUCGAGAUUGAAAAGGGCAGAUCCGAGCGGGAGUAACGUCAGUGAAAAUCUCGAUUAAUUGCGAUUUGCACUCGUGUGAAAUUGCUGCCGAAGAAACGGAAUCGUAUAUAUAUCUAUUCGUGAUCAAUGGAGAACUUUUUAUCGCUCUGAAUCGCGCGCGGACGGUUAGCGAUUGCGCGAUAAUUAUACGCGAUAAAAUUGUCGAUCAAUCAUAAAGGAUAUGGCCGCGUUUUGAAGAUCGGUUCGAUAGAUCAAAUCAAUGUGACGUCCUCGACAUAUAUAUCCUCGAGCAAAGGCUUUCGGCUUUGAACGCUCUUCAUAUUCGCUCCGCCGAUCCGCCGAUCGAUCCAAUGAUGCAUUAGCGCCGGGGAUUGGCCCUUCGCAAAACUCUGACUCCACAUGAGUUGUGCAAAAAUCGACUGAGAGGUAACCUGCGUGGGAAAUCGAAUUACCGUGCGCAAAAGAGAGAGAGAGAGAGAGAGAGAGAGAUAGAUCGGGAGGCGUGGGAGAGACGUCUCGAUUAGCAGCACACGCUCAAAAACACUUUACGCGCGGUCUAAUCUCAAGAGCAACGGGAACGGAUCGCCGACAGAUCGAUUUACCGCGAGGUAUAUCCACCACAUUCGCCGUUGAGAGAACCGAGUGGUCGCAAGGCGAACGUGAGUUUCGCGCUGGUGAGAAAAAAAAACAAACAUUGAAAUAGUGCUUGAUUUUGGGCGGGAAGAUAAGUUGAUUGCGGAGAUGCCGAGGGGAUGCUAUUAAGUAUCGAGUCUAUUAAGGGAUAUACCAUCCAUUAAGGACCAUAAAGUCUGGAGAGAUGUAAGAUUGCGCCGGCAUUCCGGGGAUGCUACUCAAGCACCAGGAUCUAUUAAAUACCGCGAGGAAGAAGCUGUAAGAUUGCGAAGACGUUAGAGAGCUAUUCUCAUUGGCAACAGGACUUAAAUUAAGGACCAGAAAUUCAGGGGAAAUAUAAGAGUCGUUAAAGUAAAAAUCGAAUAUCUUCAAUAACCUCAAUAUAAAAUAUCGUAUUAGUGUCGUAAUUAGAAGUGGAUGUUGUAUAUGUAGAUAUGGCUGUUACGAGAAAUUGAUAAUCCAAGUUGUAACGUUGAGGAAUUAUUACGUUGAUCUCGAGAAGUAUUCAUAAUAUAAUCAUGUACGUUGUCGGGGAGAGAUGGAUGACGGUGAUUUUACGGAGACGUUGAAAUUAAUCCACGCCGAAGAGGGUAGUUGUCAACAUUGAUCUCAAGAAACAUAAUAUAUAAUUGCGCACUAAUGUAUCAAGCAUGUCACGUUAUCGCGAGCAGCUGCUGCGAGCCGCUGUUACAUGCGCACGAUAAUCACGUCGUGGCGAUGUCGGGAUUGAGAUCGAUCAGGCACGAGGAAACGUGCCGUCGUGAGUGGAUGUAACAAGCGGACGGUUUGUCGCGAACGGGGAAGAUGAGCGGCUGAAGAUGAGUGCGUCAGGCAUCUGGUGCGCGCUCAUCCUGCUCACGUUCACGCAAGAUUCCCUCGCCAGCCACCACGAGAAGGUCCUGCAAAUCGAGAAGCCGAAGGAGUACCUGCUGCGACAUCAGCAAAACCACCGCACGACCGCCUUCGUCGACCGCAAGCUCGUCGAUCCGACGGAAUUCCGCGCCGCCGAGGCCCGCCCGAUGAUUAUUCAUCCGCUCACGGAAAUCGCUCGCGCGGCCGGCGCGGGGGCGACGUUGAAUCGUCCUCCCUCGGAAAAUCAUCGCGCGGAAAUCUGCUCGAUAAUCACGCGAGAUCGUGGCUCCGUGAACCGUUUCCGGCCGACGGAGAUCCAUUCCGCGUACGAAAAUCGUCUACAUACGGAAGAUCGUCCGGCGGAAAUGCGCUCGACUCUGAAGAAUCACGCCGGAAUCGUGGGAAUGCGCCCGACGGGGGAGAACCGUCGCGCCGUGGCGAUACGCUCGGCGGAAAUUCCUCCGACGUCGGCACGUCACUCCGCGGAAAUCGCCCACGAACCACCCAAGAAAGUUGUUCGCGCCUCCCCGGCUGAACUUCGCGCGGAAGUUGCGGCGGAGCGGGCCGCGAGAAUCCGGCCCGCGGAAUCUCCGCGCUCGCCGACGGAAGACCGUCAUUCCGCGGAGGAAGUUCCGCCGGCGGGGAACCGACCGAUGGAGAUCCUCUGGACGGAGAUCGAGCAGGCGGAUAUGUCGAGCAUCGAAAGAUCACAGAUCCGCCACGGUAGAUCCAGGAGCCAUUUCGCGCGGCAGAAGAUGGAGGAUUCCGCGAGGGAUGGCACGAAUAAGGAUGCGGCAAAUAGGAUCAGAGGCGACGUUCACGAGGAUCACGAGAAUCACUUCAAGACGCGUCAAGUGGAAAAAGUGAGUGAUUUUCUCGAAGGAUCCGUUUCACCGAGGCGUAAUCACUCUUGGCUUCUCGAACGAAAUUUCUCAAAGGAUAACUCGGUCAACAGCCAAUCGCUCGAUCGAAUUGAGAAUAAUGUUUCAGAGGGACUGGAGAGUUUGCUCAAGCUGUAUCAGGGUAAGAAAGGAAGCGUCGCCGAAGAGAAUUCCGCUGUUCCCCUCGCGCGUAAUCUUUCCUGGCUGAUUGAACAGAACAUCCCCAAAGAUAAUACGAACGGCCGUGCCUCGAAUCAGAUCAAGGACAAGACCGGGAGGGAUCUUCAAGAUACACUCAAAGUGCAUUAUUCGGAGAACCACGGCGUACUGCGAUCGAGCCCCGAUUCGCUCAAGAGCUCUUACAAGGACAACCCCCUGAGUAAAUUGAGGAAGGCAAUGUCCUUAAACAGAACCGUUGCGCCGGCAGCUGCGAUCGACCGUAAUACAACGGAGGCGCUUGGUAUCGACGCGCUCGACGAUAUCAGCGAGUCCACCCGAGACCUCGAGGAGGAGGCUUCGCAGGACGUGGUGUUGGAUUAUACGAGCUACGAGGAGCCGGCGAACGCCUCGUCGUCCUCCUCCGAUCAGUCGGUUCGCAGGAGACCGCAGGCCGCCCAGGUCGACAUCGUGACGCGUUUCCUGCGAAUAAUCGAGAAUCAGCACAUCCUGGGCGAGAACUGCACCGCGGGCACCGAUUUGAACCUCGGCGAGGGCGUGGUGGACCAAUAUGCGCAGGAGAGAUUCCGGCUGGAGGCGGAAUUCGCCGUGAAUCGUGCCAACAUGCUCACCCGGCUCUGGAAGUACGCGCCGGAAGUGAUGCUAUCCUCCGAGUAUCUACUGCACGCGAGCGUUCUCUCUAUGGUCGAGUUUGACGAAGACAUCUUCGCCGCCGGCAAUUGUUACGACAAGUUACAAUAUCGGGGUCGGUGGUUGUAUUGCCCAUUCGCCCACCGGUUGCCCAACCAGGACGGCAUCCUCGUCAAGGAUCUCGCGAUUCAAUACAAGUAUCUGAGCAACAGCAGCGAGUGGUUCUAUAUUGCGAGGAAGAACGCCGAGAGGGUAAUUGCCAGUUACGAGCAAUUUAGUCGAGGAUUCCACACCUAUACACUGAACGAAAGCGCGCACACGGAAAGGGAAGAGGACGAAAUCUUGACAGUGAAAUACGAGGAUGGCAGAUGGUCGAAACCGUAUUACGACUGCGGGGGUGGCAAUAUCUGGAUGCUGACCUACACCGUACCCUUCUUCGGAUACACCAACGACACCUACUUCUUCAAGUGAGUGCGGAUUCUUUUCGUUAUAUCAAACGUGUGCGAUUAACUUAGUUCCCCUCGUUGAUAAAUUGUGAUGUUUAUGUGCGACGGGGUCUUUUGUAACCAAUUCUUAUACCGUUAGUAUCGUACAUUUGCCGUGUAUAUGUUUCGUCGCUUAUCGGGCUAUCGCGCGUGCGUCCCCCGUAACGAUUUCAAAUUUUAAUUACACUUGACGUUGUCGAAAUCAAAUCUGUUUACAUUGCCGAAACACGUAAUGAAAAAUCUCCAACGCUUAAUCUGUCGUGCAAAAUGCUCGAAUUAUAAAUACAGAUGGGAAUCUGAAUUUGUAUGAUGUUAACAUCGGAUUGAAAAUGUAAUGAAUAAUUUCACAUUUUCAUUAUUGGAAAUAUGGCGGAAUACGAUCGGUCCUAUAUCAUCGAAAUAUUACGGCGAGCUCAUCAAUCUUUAACUACGUCGUAUCGAAAGAUUGUACGUAAGAUGAAAAUCUCUGCGAGAAUUGCUGCGUAAUGUAAGUGCCACUUACAUUAUGAACGUACACACAUUACUAUUCCGCGGAUUAAGGACGGCCCGCGCUGCAGCUCGAAAUACCGUCAUCUUCGUUUCGCGCUUGAUUGUGUGUUUGGAAAUUCACGGUUCUUUGAAUUGAAAAAUCUUGAAGUGUAUGGGAAUCUGGAGGGAGAACUUGGAAGAAUUUCAAGAAUCCGAAAAUUCAAGUGUCAAAAGAUUUCAUGGAGUUGGAGGAUUCUAGAAUGCAAUAAUGUACGAUAUUUUCACACUAAAUCGUAACACCGCGUGAAAAUGUAGCGCCGAACUCUUUCACGGGCGAAUUCGCGCUAUGAUAAAGCGGACCCGACAAGUUUUAUCACGAGAUUUAUUUAAUAGUUUAAAUACUUUUCCCUCAGGGCGCUGGAAUUACAUCGUAUAUAGCGAAAGAAGUAAUUAACUGUAACAACAGUUAAUUAACAUUUUCCUUUUAUUACUUUGAUUACGCGUAAAAAAUUUAGUUUCCGUUAAAAAUUUCUUUCCUCUCGCAGCAAUUCAUUUCAAUUUGAUUGUAAAAGUAUCACAAUUUCUUUAGAUCGCUUUCCCUCGUAAUGUCUCGAAACCAGUUUCAUAGAUCCAAUGUGUCAAUUUGAUCGUAAUUCCGACGUAAAUUUGAUCAGCAGAUUGGUAAUAAAAUUACGCCAUUUGCGUAAUAAAAUUGUCGCAAUGUAAAAGGAGGAAAGUAAUGUGAAGGAUCGUAUAAUAUUCACGUUGAAUUUUUUUAAUGACGCUCUCUCAAUUUAAGGAUCGGAUAAUAUUCAGUUACGCUCCACUUUUUCCCGCAAAAAUUAUAAAGAUAUCAUUUCCCAAGCGCGCUUCACAAUAACGCGAUGUCUUUUUCGUUAAUGAAUCUAAAAGGAAAGAAAAGAAGGACGAGAUAAAUGAAGAAAAUCUGGCGAUAUUUGAUAUUUUAAACGUAAUAAGUUCUCAAGGGGGAUUGCACGGUAUAUAUAUAUAUAUACACAUAUAUAUAGAUUGUUUCAAACCAACUACAUAGGUAUUGAGUAACUUGACAGUUUCGAUUAUGGUUUCUCGAGCGAACUUAAAGUCAAUUAUUUUGUAUUUAAAAGUUAUUUAUAAAAACAACCAAAAUUUAAUGUCUCGACAAAGUGUUCUUUUUAAUUAACUUUAAGGUGGAUUUUAUCGCAAAUGAAUAUUGCGAAUCGAUUUAGCUGUGUCUCUAUUUUAAAUGUAAAUUCUGCAUUGCCUGUUCACGGCCAAUGAUGACUAAUCUUUAACCAAUAUGUGGACAGUGACACGUAGUUUUAGAUGUGUGGGGAUAACAAAAACAAGCGCGACGUAUAUAUAAGCUCUUCCGCGAGGAAGGAUUAUAUAUUUAUCGAAGAAAGGAAAAAGGAAACAGGGAAAUGU